AUGUCAAGUCGAACGUCUGCUACUACCAAUGUCACAAUCCUCAAGCAAAAGACGGGUGGCAUUCCAUCUGUGAUGGUGCAUGCGAGCAGCGUCAACAGCAGCGCAAGUAGUAAACAGCCCACUUUAUCAAAGAAUACGAGUACCCAAGUUAAGGUUUUAAAGAGUAAUAAGAGAUCGCAACACAACAAACAGCAACACCAGCAAGAACAGAAACCGCAACAAAAGUCUAGGAAAUCAGCAUCCAAUGUUAAUAACAAUAAUGUCGUGAAGAAAGCUUGCGUAUCUGCACCGACUACCCCACAACAAAGAAGAACCGUCUUACCAGCAAAGGCUAGAAGAGUUGAGCGUAGAAAGGAAAUUGUAUCCAUGACAGAGGCCAUCAAAGUCGAGCUGGAUACUCCCUCAUCCACAGAGUCUGAUGAUUCAUCCUCAUCAUCUACAUCUCACUCUUCCCCUGGAGGCGGCGGGGGCGGCAAAAAGGCUGGAAAGAAGAACCAUGGUCAUAGUAACAAACAGCAGAAAAAGGUGAUGCCUACUAUCAUUAACGCCACUACUUCCACUACCAUUAUCUCUGCGGAAUCCACUAAAAAGAGAGAGCAACAGAGAAAUCGUCGUAGGUCAAGUAGUGCCAUUGAUGUUAGAAAGAGCCAUGUUUAUGCUGGACCCACAUUCAAUAAUGCCCCUGCUCCCAGUGCUUUGCCUAUGCCUGCUUUCUCUCCCACUUUGUUAUCUGUGGAUCUGAUCACUAGCACAACUACCACCCUCACUGCGGCGAAUGGAAAGGAUGAUCUUCAACGACACUCUCAAGAUUUGAUGAAUCUUUUGUCACCCAAACCUCAUCAUCGUGAAUUUGAUAGUGAUUUAUCCGAAAUCCAAAGAGGAUUGCGAUCCAUGCUGAAGAUUUAA